AUGAACGGCUUCACGAAGAUUGGAUGUCCCAAGGUAGCUUACCAAAGUGGGGCACCUAUAUUCCAGAGAUUAUUCCAUACAUCUGACCAAGCAAAAUCUAUUGAUAUCAAAGGUAUUUUAUCAGGAACCCAAAGAGCCCCUUCAAGACCACAAAGGAAUGUCGCGGCAAGUGGCACAGUACCAUCUUACAAUUCAAGAAGAACAAAUGCUGAACGAAAUCAGCAGCAGAAUCCACCACGACAGCAAACCUCAAGACAGCCAAACUCAAGAUACCAAAAUUCAUAUGGAAAACAGCUGUCAAAUGGCCAAGAAAAUAAUAGAUCCUCGUAUGGCGAAAAAAGAAUGGGAAACAAUGGACAAAUACGGAUUCCUAGAUUCAAUCUUCCCCAGGCCAGUUUCAAAGCCAUUGAUUGUAUUAAACAUUUAAUCAAAAAGGUUUAUAUUGACUUUGAAAAUCCUCGAGGUGUCAUCAACUUUAUGGAUGGUGAUAGUGGAGAUAUUACAACUACCAACAUGAGAGACUUGAUCAACUCAAGAGAGUGGGAUUUGAACGAAGUUGGAUUUGCUAUUGUCAGUGUGUCUGCUUCGGGAAAAAGAAAAAUUCCUCUUAUCAAGUGUGUUGAUAAACGAACUGCUAUACAGAAAUACUCCGAUGAGCUAGCAGAUGUAAAGGCCCAAGAAUUGGCGGGAAUGAGUACAAAAUUUGCAAGUAUUGCAGAAAUGAAAAAAUCACAAAAGAGUACUGCAAGUUCUGUCAAAUACGUCAAGAUUGGCUGGUCAAUUUCUGAAUCUGACUUGACCACAAAGAAAAAGACAGAAAUCAUGAAUGCUAUGAACAAGGCUAAUACGGUGAUGAUUAUUUUUGAUUCUAAGGACUCUUUGGAUAGAUUGAAUGUAAAUAAUGUGGAUAUUAAUGAUCUUCAAAAGAAGAAGGGGGGCAGUGCCACUUCUGCUAUCCAUGAAUUGGAGCUAUUGCGAAGAGAGAAAGCUUUGGGGGCAUUGGCAGAUAUGCUUGAUGGUGAUGACAUAGUUAGUCACAAAUCAUCAACUACUGGGUCUGUGAAAGAUCGGAUGAUUUUUACAUUAAAAGUUAACAAACAAGCGGAGGCGACACCAAAGCCAUCUGAAAAAAACACAAAAUCCGAUAAAGAAGAUUUAAGUCUAAAAAAUUUAGACAACGUUAAAGACGUUUUGAAAUUGGAUUUGACAACGAUAACUGAUAAGAAAUUGCUCAAAGAAAUCCGCAAAAGACAGAGACAGGAAAAGCAGAAAUUAAGAGAACUGAAGAAAAGAGGGGAGUUGAACUAG